AUGUUUAACCCACACAUACUGGAUGCUCCAGCUGUGAUUUUUGACAACGGGUCGGGGCUCUGCAAGGCAGGCCUUUCUGGAGAGAUUGGGCCCCGGCACGUCAUCAGCUCUGUCGUGGGGCACCCGAAGUUCCAGAUGUCCUCGGCGGGCGCCAAUCAGAAGAAGUACUUUGUGGGGGAAGAAGCCCUGUACAAGUACGAGGUCUUGCACCUGCACUACCCCAUCGAGCGGGGCCUGGUCACGGGCUGGGACGACAUGGAGAGACUUUGGAAGCACCUCUUCGAGUGGGAGCUGGGCGUGAAACCCGGCGACCAGCCCGUGCUCAUGACGGAGCCCUCCCUGAACCCGCGGGAGAACCGCGAGAAGAUGGCCGAAGUCAUGUUUGAGAACUUCAACGUGCCGGCCUUCUACCUGUCGGACCAGGCCGUGCUGGCGCUCUACGCCUCCGCCUGCGUCACAGGCCUGGUGGUGGACAGCGGGGAUGGGGUCACCUGCACUGUCCCUGUCUUCGAGGGCUACUCCCUGCCCCACGCGGUCUCCAAGCUCUACGUGGCGGGCAGGGACAUCAGGGAGCUGCUCACCCGGCUCCUGCUGGCCGGCGGGCGGUCCUUCCCCUGCCUGCUGGACAAGGCCCUUGUGGACGACAUCAAGGAGAAGCUGUGCUACGUGGCCUUGGAGCCGGAGAAGGAGCUGUGCCGCAGGCCGGAGGAGGUCCUGCGGGAGUACCGGCUGCCCGACGGGAGCGUCGUCAGCAUCGGGGACCAGCUGCACCAGGCGCCCGAGGCCCUGUUCGCGCCCGAGCAGCUGGGCGUCCAAAACCCCGGGCUCUCCAGGAUGGUGUCCGGCAGCAUCACCAAGUGCGACGCCGACAUCCAGAAGAUCCUCUUUGGGGAGAUCGUGCUGUCUGGGGGCUCCACCCUGUUCCGGGGGCUGGACGACCGGCUGCUCAGGGAGCUGGAGCAGCUGGCUGCCAAAGGGACCCCCAUCAAGAUCACGGCUCCCCCCGACCGGUGGUUCUCCACGUGGAUCGGGGCCUCCAUCGUCACCUCUCUGAGCAGCUUCAAGCAGAUGUGGGUCACCUCUGCGGACUUCAAGGAGUUCGGGACAUCCGUGGUCCAGAGAAGAUGCUUCUGAGGG